AGGAGAGAUACGCAUCACGGGUUGACUGCAUGUGAACUUGUUGCUGCCCGGUGGCUCUGUUUCCCGGUGCCAACACGACCAGCACCGCCACCCAGAAUUUGGAAGCCCAUUGCAAGCACGCGCGGCCCCGGGCGAGCAGGAGUCAGUUGGCCCGACUUGCCAAGGUUGGAUAGGCCAGGCCCCCCUAGCCCUUUGCAAAUCCGCCACCCCCGGCCCUUUCCAAAACGGAGAGAUGGCAAAAAUACAAGCGGGCAGCAUUGAUUGUGGGCUUUGGGUUCCCUCUCGGUUCCCCCCAGCAAAAAGGGCCACGCAACGCCGAGGAAAGAAGACGGGGCAGUAAAGGCGAAUGGGGUCUUAGGCCCCGGUCGGGACCCGAGUUUGGCAGCCCCUCACUGGGUGCGGCCCCCCUCCAAGGAAGAAACACGGGAAGCGAGCUGCCAGCGCAAUGGAAUCAAUCCAGGCCAUGGGCCCAGCAAAGUCACAAUGUCGCACCCAGAAACUCGGCCGAUCUUCCCGCCAAGACAGCGCGCCAUCCAUGUCAUUCAAAGUGGUGGGUAACGCCUCUUGGCAAAGCCGGCUGUUUGUUGCCCGUGGCCUUUCCAUUUGUUUUAAACCCCCCAGCCGCUCAUUCUUCCCGGUCGCUCUUGCCUGUUUGCUGUUUUCCAUUCAUUUUGGCCAACCAGCUGCACGCACCCACAUCCAUUCUACGUGCGACUCCAUCAACCUGAUCAUCGCCGUAUCGUCUCGACACGACCAUAAACAAAGUGACGUAGGAGGCCGAAUCAUAAAUCCAACACGCUGAUCGCGGUCUCAACCGCAUCUCUUAUCGACCAGCGCAACGCCAUCCGAUCAUCCGCAAAUUUACUGGUCCGAGGCGCAUAUCCUUCUGCACCUGCUGCAGAGAGGGCAGACCGCACGCGACGAGGGAAAGCGCACGCAUCGGCGACGCACCACGAACCUGCACGUUGCACGGCUGCUGCCGUUGUCUUCUGCAAGAAUGUCGCCCCUCGGUGACGACGCCGCUGCCCAGCUGGCCAAGAGAUAUUACUACUAUUGUCCCGCGGGCUACAUCUACAACUACAGCAGCCGCGACUGCGAGUACAAUGCUUGGGCUUACUGGGGUCGGUGGGUGCUUACGGGUGUCGUGAUUUUGGGCAUCGGCGCUCUCCUCAUGAUGCUCGGCUGCCUUAGCGCCCGCCGCAGGAGGAGACAGGGCAUGCCCCCCAUGUACGGCACCGGCUGGAUGGGUGGAAAGUACCAGGGUCCUCCGCCGGCGCAGAACGGCUACUAUCCGCCACCGCCGCAGUACAGCGCCCAGCCGAUGCCUGGACAAUACACGGGCACGACCUUCAACCCCAACGACGGCUACUACGGCGGCCAGACCCAGGGCGUCCAGCCACCACCCAACGCCUACGUCCCGCCACACCGAGACUCGCCCGCUGCGGGCGGUGACCCUCAGCCGCCUGCAGGCCCCCCGGGAAAGUGAAAGGUUUAGGAUGUACUAGCAUAGCCUCCUGGAGAUGAGUCAACCGCGCCGGCCUCACUGAGCUUGAUGGGAAGUUAUUGGGAACGACUCGACACCACACCAUUGUGUGCUCCAGUCAGGUGAUGGGGCGGUGGAAGGAACCGGGAUGGAAGCGGGAGGAUGACAGAUUCAUAGGCCCGCCGUCCGUUGUGUCAUGUUUUUUCUCUCGCCUGUGUCGCGUUGUUUUCUCGUUUUCUCGUCCUCUUUUUAUUUUUAUUUUUUUAUAGCUUGCCUGUCAGUGGUUUUUGUUGUCUCGGUCGCUCUUUAUAAUCGGACCAGCCCGCCAUUUAGAGCGAUUCGUUCUGAUGAAGGGGUGUGGGGGCGAUGUGAUCUAGGCGCAAUACAUAGGUAGCUUUUUCCCUUGGC